GGUUUUAACAAAUGCCCAGAUGAUGAUUUUAAUUUGCCGUUUGUAAUGGUGGGUACGUCGAACCGUGGUGAAAUAACUGAUUCAGAUGCGAUUUCACAGCCAGUGAAACUUUGCUCUGAGGUAGAUGAAGAGAAUAUAGAAACAAUGAAUGAAUUGUAUUCAAAACUCUACAAAGAGGCUGAGAAGAUCAAACAGUGGAAACUAACUACAGAAUCAGAACUACAGCAGAAAGAAAGAAAACUGCAAGAAAAUAGAAAGAUUGUGGAGGCACAGCGUAAAGCCAUUCAAGAACUGCAGUUUGAAAAUGAAAAACUAAGUUUAAAACUAGAAGAUGAGAUAAGUGAAAAUAAAGAUCUUUUAAAAGAAAACAGCGCUUCAAGGCACCUGUGUAAUCUGCUCAAGGAAACCUGUACUCACUUCACAGAGAAGUCCACCAAAUAUGAACAUGAAAGGGAGGAAACAAGGCAACUCUACGUGGAACUUAAUAACAACAUUGAAAGAAUGAUAAUGGCAUUUGAAGAGCUUCGUGUGCAAGCAGACAACACUAGAUUGGAAAUGUGUUUCAAGUUAAAAGAAGAAGCAGAAAAAGUGGACAAGCUUGAGAAAGAAUGCAGGCUGGAAGUCAGCAUGAAGGAAAAGCAGAUUUCAGUUCUUACCAUACAGAGUGAUGAAAAAGAUGAUAUAAUAAGAGACAUCAAGACUCGGCUGCAGGAGUCCAAAAAUAAGAUUGCUGACUUAGUAGAAGCAAAAAGACAUGAAGGAGAAAUGCUAAAGGAAUCCCAGAUCAAUCAAGAACAUUUGAGGGCAGAACUGGAAGAGGCCAAAGUUUCAUUGCAAAAAACAGAGGUUGCUCAAAAGAACUUAGAAACCGAGUUGCAGACUACAGUCAAAGCAUUAAUUCAGGUCACUGAAGAAAAAGAAGCACAGGUGGAAGAAUGUAAAGAAGCAAAGGCUUUGCAUGCAUCCCUGAGAGAGGAGUUUGAGACUUCUAUUUCCAGUUUGAAAAGCUUGCUGCAAAAAGAGCAAAUUAGAGUGGAGAAAUACGAAGAGGAGUCAAAGCUACUUACCUUGGAGCUCAGAACUAAGUCUGCUGAACUGGAAGAGAUGACUAAACUGAAAUGUGACAAAGAAAUGCAACUGGAAGAGCUGUCAGAAACACUGGGAAGAGUUGAAGGACUUCUAGUGAAGAAGGAGGAUCUUGAGGCUGCUGUAGAAAAUCUGCAGGAGAGAGAAAAAGAAAUGAAAAAUGUUCUCCAAAUCAGAGAGAAGGAAAUCCAUGAUUUGAAAGCACGGCUGACUAGUACAGCUGAAAAGGAACAACAUUAUUUACAACAGCUUAGGACCCUGAAUACAGAUCUGGAACGAGAGGCGCUGAAGAAUGAACAACUAACAGUGGAUAUCAAUAAGCUUUUGUUAGAAAAAGAGCAAAUCACACAAGAGAAAAGUGACAUGGCUGCAGAAUUCAAGAAACUGCAAGAAAGUCAUGAGGGUAGUAGAAAGACAGAAGAAAAGGCAAAGCAGUUAGUUGAAAACCUGGAAGAAGCAAAUGGCCAGCUAAGAAAUGAACUGGAGUCUUUGAAGGAGAAGAUGGCAAAGAAAGGUGAAGAGAUUAAAAGUAAACUGGAUGAACGAGAAGAAAAUGCUAAGAAUAUUGAAAAUGAAAUUUCAAAAAAGGAAAAGCAGUUGAGGAUUCUAGAAAAUAAGUUGAAUAAUUUAAAGAAACAGGUGGAAAAUAAAAGCAAAUGCGUUGAAGAGUUGCAACAGGAGAAUAAAAUGCUGAAAAAGAAAAUCAGUGCAGAAAGCAAGAAAACAAGUAUAUAUGAAGGGAAGGUGAAUAAAUUACAGUUAGAGAUGGAAAAUAUGAACAAGCAACAUAAGGAAACAGUUGACACCUAUCAAAGAGACAUUGAAACAAAAGAAGUAAAUGAAAACAAACUUCUGGAAGAGGUAGAGAAGAUGAGGUUGCUUGCUGAUGAAGCAACAAUAGCACAGAGGGAAACUGAUAUCCGAUGUCAACACAAGAUAACUGAAAUGGUGGCCCUCAUGGAAAAACACAAGCAUGAAUAUGAUAAAAUGGUUGAAGAAAAAGAUGCAGAGUUAAAACUUUACAAAAUAAAAGAGCAAGAGCAGUUAUCAUCAAAAGUAUCAUUGGAAAGUGAGCUGUCAUGUUUGAAAAGUGAAUUGUCAUUCCUUAAGGAACAACUUAAAGCAGAAAUUGCAGAGAAGGAGAACCUUGCAAAAGAACUCCCCCAAAAUACGGUUCCUGAAAACGAAAAGAAGCACAAGAAAAUACAAACUCAUUUUUCUGAGACCCCUAAACCUCAUUUCGAUCUGGACUGUGCAUCUGUUAGUGUAAAACCAAAAAAGGCUCCAAAUGAUACUUCUGUGAAAGCCACCAUGAUGGAAAAGAACAAAAUACCUCCUUCCGCGUCUGCCCAAAGUCUCCUGGGUAGUCCAUCCCUGAAGACAUACAUUAUAAAGACUCCUCCAAUACAUAAGCUGCAAAGUGGCAGCAGAGAUCUGCAUUCAGAGCAGAGCAUGAGGAAAAAGCAAAAGGUGCUGCUGCAGCUGGAUGCUCAGUCAGACAGCUCGGAACACAGUGACCUCCUGACCAUAGUCUCGGAGGAAGAAAUGUUUAAGAAACUGUACAAAGAUUAUCCUCAAGCUUCACAGCUGUAUGCCAUGACACCAAAAAAGAAGCCAGCCACAUCCACCGUGAAAACUCCAGGCUCUAUACCGAAACUCACAACCAUGAGGCAAAUGCGAGAGGCUGGAUGGACUGCAGUUUCUAAAAUGGACAGGAAACGAAAAAUGAAAGAAGCUGAAAAGCUCUUUACUUAA